GUUCCAAUAAGAAAAAAACGAAAGGCAUUGCGAGACAAAAACACAGCACCAGAAAACAAAAUAAAAUCACCUUUUUCUAGCAAAAGAAAGCAGGAUAUUUUUCCAUUUGGUAAAUGGUACCAUUGAAUUUGUGAAAAAGCAAUCGCGAACGAUGUGAUUCGCGUUAUUCCUCUUGAGGAAGCGUUGGGUAAGCGAGUGACAUCCUGUGCCUGUGAUUUGUGAAUUGAGCAAAACAACACACAAUCGCGCGAUGAUACUUCGAUCGAUGGUCUGCUGGUUCGUUGGCCUGGUGCAGCAGCUAGUUCUGCUGAAUCUGCUGAGCAAUGCUGCUACCGGGGUGGCAGCUGUUGACAGCUCCGAUGCGGUGCUGAUCAUCGUUUCGUACGACGCAUUUCGAGUGGAGUACUUGCAGCGCAAUAGUACACGGUUUAUGAAUGACCUUCGCCGGAACGGAACCACGGCGGACUUUAUGAGGAAUGUGUUCCCCACGAAAACCUUUCCCAACCAUCACAGCAUAGCGACGGGGGUUUAUCCCAUCGUGCACGGGGUCAUGGCCAACGGGUUGUACGAUCAUGGCCGGGGGAAGCUCGAGUAUUCGUACGAGUUGUUUCACUUCAACGAAGAAAUUGUGCCAAUAUGGACUUUAAACGAGCUGAGUGGAGGUCACUCGGGUUGUAUGAUGUGGCCAGGAUCGGAUUUUGGCUACACAAAGAAUAAUGUGAGCUGUAGUCACGUGCAACCGUUCAACUUGACUUCGCCCUGGAACGAACGAGUUGAUACGGUUUUUCGGUGGAUCAGGGAUCCCCAGAGGCCCGCUAAUUUGGUGAUGUUGUACAUCGAGGAGCCGGAUUACUACGGGCACAUCUACAGUCCCGAAUCGGAUCGGGUGGCUCAGCUGAUUGUGAAGCUGAACGAUUUGACCCGAUACAUUCACGAUAAAAUCAGGGAGAUUGGGUUGCAGGAACGCGUGAAUGUGCUGCAUAUGAGCGACCAUGGAAUGGAUUCGCUGAUGGCGAAGAACUUUAUCAACCUGACCGGUUUUGUGCCACCCGAUAUGAAGUAUGAUGUGUACGGAACAACGCCGGUGCUGCAGCUGGUUCCAAAGGUAAAACAGCAAACCGCCGACCUGUACCGAGCGCUGAAGAAUGCUUCCGAGCGGGAUGGGAAUUUCGACGUUUAUACGCUGGAGAAUCUGCCGGCCAGAUGGCACUUCAAUAACUCCCAACGAACCGGACCGAUAACGGCGGUUGCGAAGCUCGGGUACGGAUUUGAUGACAUGUGGCAAACAGCAGAGUACUACCGGAAGCGGUUCAAUGUUUCAAUCACUCCGGAGACAAAAUAUGGAGUCCAUGGGUACGACAACGAGCUUCCGAUCAUGCAUCCUAUAUUUUUCGGCUAUGGCCCAAGAAUACAGGAGCGCAAAGUGGUGGAACCAUUCGAUACGGUCGACUUGUACUAUCUCUUCUGUGAGAUUCUGGGACUGAGUGCUCCCUACUUCCUCGAAGGCAGACGGGAGCACAUUCUGGAGGUGCUGCGCAACGAUUCACGUGAUGACGAUGACGAUACGGAUGGCGGAACAACACGAGCGGCAACUCUCGCCAUAAUCUUCACCGGUAGUUUGGUGGCUUCGUUCGCGCUGGUCAGUCUGCUGUCGUGUUUCGUAAUUAGACAACGGCGCCGCCGGGAGAAUCAGGUCCCACCGUAUCUGUACGACGAGACGGAAUCGUUGGUGGAUGAAGGCAACAAGUUGCUGCCCUCGCAUCAGCAACCCCAGCAGCAUCAUCACCAUCAGCACUAUCAUCCGCACCAUCACCACCGUCAUCAUCUGCACACCAAUAUCACGAGCGCCUCCAUCAAUGGGGAUGUGGUUUCAAUAGAUGUUUGAGUGCCAUCCCGAGGAUUGGGAAAGCGAAGGAUGCACGAAUUCGUUGUAAAUAAUCGUUGUUCAUUCCUACUGUUCUGUGUUAAUUCUCUUCCAUGCGAUCCUGUUUCCCGUCCCUGUUAGUAAGUAUUGUUCAAAAUGAUGUCACGCUGACAUUAAAUCUAACACAUAUCAAUCAGCGAAGAAACAAUUCCAUGUGUUAUUCAUGUUACGAAUUUUAAAACACUGGCGCGCGCGGUGAUUUGUAGACGAACAAUAAGUAUUGUGACAAUACGACGCGAUAGCGUCGCAUAUCAUUAAACACACACACACAUGCUCUCCACACACCCACAAAUACACAUUUCGUUAGUCAAUUAACCAUUUUAACACGCUAAAGGAUAUUGUUAAAACAGUCAUAUCUUUUAAAGGCAAAACUUAGUCAAGUUCACGAAGAACGCAAACAUCGAAUUUCUUUGAAUUGAAGCUGGUGAGGAAUAAUCCACGUAACCCACAUUGAAGUGAAUUGGAACAUCAACAAGUGGAAACACAGAAAAAGCCAUAAUAUAAUAUAAUAACAAAACAAAACAAAAAACAUAUUUUGUGAGUACGACAAAUAUUUUAUAUUAUGAUAUAAAGAACUAUUACAACUCGCAUCCUCUGUCGAUCACUCUAUACAUUUAUACAUAUACAUACUUCCGGAACUGUUGCGCGUCGUUGAGCGAUGAUGAUCGGGAAUUGCAAUUCGAUGGGUAAAGUUCAAGUCCUUAGGAUACGGUUUUCUACCCGCUACUGCUACGACGAGGCAUAUGAUUGAUGGAAAUCAGAAUAAUUUAUGACGACCGGAGAGAAUCAAAAAUAGGGCGAGCGAGCGAAACCAAUUCUUGUGAUAUUUUUAUACAGAUCAAAUCAUCUAACUUUUAAGCACUGCACCCGGGAGGUACUACGGUUGAGGGAGAUUGAGAUACGUAGUAAAAGAAAUCCACACACGACGGCGAGCGAAAGCGCUAAAUGAGCAUUAGAGAGGAGGGCGGUAACAUGUCCGUGAAGAUUCAAGAUAGAUAUUGUAACGGUUCCCUUUUCCUAAAAAAACAAGAAUAACACCCAAUACAGGAACACUGUUGAAAGACGGCAAAGAUUUAUUUCUUCUCCUUGCUUUAGCCUUCCCUCCAAACUAAGAUGGAAACUAUGGUCAAUAAAUAAACAAAAGGUGAAUCCAAACAAAUUCUAUGGUAUGGUA